AUGCUGAAAAGGGCUGAGCAGGGAGGGGCCGUAAAGAUUAGCGACGAUAUGCACAUGGUUGGAGCGACCAUUAUGCAGGGCCUGGUGCGGUACGGGGACCAUGUCUGGGACAGGACGGCGCCCCCAGGGCUUUCGCCAUGGUAUAAUACGCCAGAGACACUUGGCUGGGACCUCCUGGACGAGGAGUAUGUGCGUGUGAAUGACAUGUGGUUUGAAGAGUACCACAGGCUGGUUCUGGUGGGCGUCGUCGCGGAGCCGAAAAAUUACGACGACGACGACGACGACGAUACAAGCUCUGAGAGCUCUGGUAGCACUCGAGAGAUUGUCGACUAG